AUGUCAACCACAGGGUCCACACUAGAUGCUACUUGGUCAAUUAUAGGGUCCACACUAGAUGAUACUGGGUCAACUACAGGGUCCACUCUAUAUGCUACCGUGUCCACUACAAGAUCCACACCAGAUAAGGAUCCAUCAGAUACUGAGGAUGAUGACAUGAAAAGUUCAGAUGAGGAAAUGUUAUCAGCAUCAGAUGCAGAGAAUGACACACCAGAUGAUGCUGACUGGAUAGCACCAUCUGAUGCAAGUGAGGAUAACAGUUUAGGAGAAGCUGAAAAUUUUGAAUCAGUAAUUCCUCCUUCUGUAUCAGAAGAGGAUGAUACAGUCACCUUUAAAGCCAGUGAAUCAAAAUCAAGCGAGAUAUCAUUGGUUGCUGCCAAAAGCAAUAACAACAAAGUCAUCAUCCAGCAAGCAACCCUUACAAACAACAGAAGAAGUGACAAACUCCGUUCCUGUCUAUAUUGCUGCCGAAUGUAUGCCCGUAUAUUACGACACUAUACUCAAGUACAUUCAAAAGAGACAGAUGUUGCCAAGGUAUUAGCUCUGUCUAAAAAGUCAAAAGCAAGGAAAAGCCUGUGGGCUAAAAUCGUCAAUAAAGGUGACUUCAAUCACAAUAUCGAUGUCAUGAAAAACCAACAAGGAAUGGUAAUACCUAAAUAUCGGCCAAGGACAAACCAGGAUUGCAUGACUAAAUAUGUUCCCUGCAAGUACUGUUUAGGCAUGUUUGUUCCAACCGAUCUCUGGAAACAUGCUAGAAGCUGCAAAAGUAGAGAUGAUCCCCAGAAAACAAAAGCAGGGUACAGAGAAAUGGUGAACAGUGGAAAACUGUUAUUGCCUGUGGUUGGGUCAAGUCACCAGCUGUUUGAAAACAUUCUUACAAAAAUGAAGAAUGAUGCCAUCACAAGAGCUGUGGAGAAUGAUGACCUGAUUUUACUUUUCGGUGAGAGACUAUAUAACAAAAACGGACAUAAUUUCCAUCAACAUCAAUAUAUUUCACAACGCCUGAGGGAACUUGUACAAUUCCUAAUUCAGGUGAGAGAGAUGUUUCCAUCAUUUGUGGUCUCUUCUUGCCUUCUGCCUUGCAACUGGGAUAAGCUUCUGAAGGGAUUGAAGCAAGUUGCAGGUUAUAACGAAGGAACUCAUGUUUAUGAUAUUGCUCUCCCACUCAAACUGGGACACAGUUUUAGCAAGUGUGCCAAGAUUUUGAAAAUGCAGGCUGUUAGAGAGGACAACGAGGUCUUGAAGAAAACUGCAGAAGGAUUCCUUGAGCUGUAUGAAUCGGAAUGGGCAGAAAGUAUUUCAUCACAGGCCUUAACCACACUGCAUAAUUCUAAGUUCAACAAACCCCAGUAUGUCCCACUGGCAGCAGAUGUGAAAAGGCUAACAAUCUAUCUGAAGAAAAGAGCUGACGUCUUACAGGAGAGUAGUGACUCCAAAGGCCUAGAUGACUUGGUAGAAGUUGUACUAGCACAAUUAAUCCUUUUCAACAGAAAAAGAAGUGGGGAAACCCAACGGAUGGAAAUCAAAGACUACAGGGAAGGUAUCAAAGAAAGUGGUGUGGCUUUAGAUGAAGAAGUCCAGAUGUCUUUGACAAAAUUUGAGAGGGAGUUGUGUGCAGUUCAUUAUCGCAUCAAAAUAAAAGGGAAGAGGGGCAGAAAAGUUUCUGUGUUAAUCUCAGAAGAUGUCAAAAACAGUAUUGAUCAUAUGUUAAGCAAGAGACCAAAAGAGUCAAAAUAUCUGUUUAUGAAGACUGAAAAUACACAGCCCAUCAGAGGAUGUGAUUUGUUGCGAAAGUUUGCCAGAGCAUGUGGGGCCCAGCAUCCCCAGCAUCUGACUUCAACAAGACUCAGGAAACAUCUUGCAACAAUGUCUCAAAUCCUUGGUUUGAGAGAGGAACACAAAGACAUGUUGGCAAAGUUUAUGGGACAUGAUAUUUGA